GCCGUCACCGCCGCCGCUGUCGUCGUCGUCGCCGUCGUCGACACCGAGUAGCGAAAGAGAAAGAGCUGGUCUUCCUUCCUUCCAUCGCGCCGUAUUGUAUCUUGUAUCGCGUUCGUCUUGUGCCGCGUCGUUCGAUAUCGCGUACGAAUCGCGCACCGCGAAUCUUCUCCAAUUCCUCGCUCGCAGGAGGAUCGCGACGCGCGAGAGACCGACGAGAAGAGGAAGAAACGCGUACGUGUAAGACACAUACUCGCACUCGCUCUCCUGCCUUCGAUCUCGCUCUUCGAAUCCGGCUCCUCUAACCCGGACCACGAACAUGAAUGAGGAAUACGACGCGAUCGUGCUCGGCACCGGCCUCAAGGAGUGCAUCCUCUCGGGCAUGCUCUCCGUCAGCGGGAAACGAGUGUUGCACAUCGACCGCAACAAGUAUUACGGUGGCGAAUCGGCCUCCAUCACGCCCCUCGAGGACCUGUUCGGAAAAUUCAAGGCCCCGUCGCCGGAUGAGAGUUAUGGUCGCGGCCGGGACUGGAAUGUCGAUUUGAUUCCUAAGUUUCUAAUGGCAAAUGGUCUUCUCGUCAAGCUACUCAUUCACACGGGUGUGACGCGUUAUCUGGAAUUCAAAUCGGUGGAGGGCUCAUAUGUGUACAAAUCGGGCAAGAUCUCCAAAGUACCGAUUGAUCAGCAGGAAGCUCUGUCCAGUGACCUGAUGGGUCUAUUCGAGAAGCGGCGAUUCCGCAGCUUCCUCAUGUGGGUGCAGAAUAUGCAGGAGGAUGAUCCGAAAACGUGGGACGGCUUCGAUCCCUUCAACAACAAUAUGAGCGCGCUCUACAACAAAUUCAGCCUCGACAAAAACACGCAGGACUUUACUGGACAUGCGUUAGCGUUGUAUAGGGAUGAUGACUAUAUAAGCCAAAUCGCGAUACUCACCAUCAGGAGGAUCAAAUUAUACAGUGACAGUCUAGCACGAUACGGGAAAUCGCCGUAUCUCUAUCCGAUGUAUGGUCUAGGCGAACUUCCUCAGGGAUUCGCACGACUUAGCGCCAUUUAUGGCGGUACAUACAUGUUGGACAAGCCGAUCGAUGAAAUCGUCAUAAAGGAUGGCAAGGUGGUUGGCGUCCGUUCCGGCGAUGAGACAGCUCAAUGUAAACAAGUUUUUUGUGAUCCUACGUACGUACCCGACCGUGUGAAGAAGGUCGGUCAGGUGAUAAGAUGUAUAUGUCUCAUGGAUCAUCCGAUUCCGAGCACGUCCGAUGCGCUAUCUACGCAAAUCAUCAUUCCUCAGAAGCAGGUCGGUCGUAAUUCCGAUAUUUACGUGUCUCUUGUGUCGCAUACUCAUCAAGUAGCAGCGAAGGGCUGGUUUAUCGCUAUGGUCUCGACCACGGUGGAGACGAAGAAUCCAGAGGUUGAGAUCAAACCCGGUUUGGAUUUGCUCGGUCCAAUUAAACAGAAGUUUAUUAGCAUUUCCGACUACAUGGUGCCGGUGGACGAUGGUCUCAACAGUCAGAUAUUCAUAUCUACCAGCUAUGAUGCGACCACACAUUUCGAGACGACCUGUUUAGAUGUGCUCGAUAUAUUUAAGCGUGCUACCGGUGAGGAAUUCGACUUCAACAAGGUCAAGCACGAGCUCGGCGAUGAAGAUCAGUAACCGUAAUUAUGGAAUGCGCGCGUGCAUUUUACACCAUAUUACAUCAUGGAAAAAUCGAAGCGUUCAGUGAAUUCGUGUAUUCGAGUAAACAAGAAAUCAUUACUCGAUGGUUGCCGAUUGCGUCGGCAUGCGACAGUGUCUCAAGGCAGAUAUCACAAAACAGAUGUCACGUUUGCGAGCAGACCUGUGCCUAAUUAUGUAGGUUCUCUUUGAUAGAGGAUGAAAAACGAAGGUAAAGUUGGCUAAAUUCUUUCUCUUUCUCUUUGUCUAUUCUACUUCGUCCUAAUCUCAUCCCCUGCUAUUCCACGAGCUCUUCAAGAAAAUCCUGUUCGAAAGCGACACGAAUUCUCUAUUACAUUUACAUGGAAGAACUCUCGGACUAUAUUUCUACGACUUCAAUAAAAAAUACCGGAUUAUAAACUUAGAUCUCCUCUUGUAAAUUUAUAUUUUACAUAAAAUUUGAAUCCGAUCUGCCAAUAAACGUUCGAACAGAAGAUAAUAAAAAAAAGACAAAGAUGAUCUCGAGACGUCCGUGUCACUGCGUGUAUACAAUAUAUAUGUACCAUAUUUUAAUGUAUUGAAAUAUAGAUAAAAGAUCCAUCGGCAGAUUACACUGUACAAAAAGGAAUUUAGGUACAUCACAUAAGAAAUAUAAUAUGCCGUUAAGUUGAUAAUUGAUUAACGAUAACAAACAAUAUAAGUACCAUAUCUGUCUAGAUUAGAAUUCCUAUAGAUAUAGAAAAUUUCGGAAAUUGUGUGAAUCUGGGAAAGUUUAUGUUGUCUGAAUGUUAAUUAUCUAUAGGUUGUCUAAGUUGCAUUUAUUAAACAAAGUGAUUGAGCAAUGAUUUAGUUUUACGAAUCGCGGACAUGGGUGUUCUAUCGAUGACUCUAUUGCUUGUCGAUUGUCUAGUAAAAUUAGAAAUAAUAUGCAGUUAUAAUGCAUUAUAUUUCAAUAUUUAUAUAUAUAAUUAUAUUUCAUCUUCUAUAUUUGUUUAUUCUAUUGAAGAGAUAUUCAUUUAAGAAACAAAUCGAUUAGGUAUCUUCAACGUGCAUUCGAAAAACAAAAUUAGGGAUAGGAAAGUCGCAUAUUCGUAUACACUUGAGACAAAAUCGAUAGAAAAUGGAAAAAAAGAUCGAUAUCGAAACGUUGGAAUGAAGAGGAGGAUAUCCAAACUCUCCGGAGCGGCCAAGCAUUUCACAUUAUAUAUAGAUAUUAUUAUAGAUCUAUAUAGUAUAUAUUAUAAAAAAAGAUAUGUAUACAUAUAUAUAAAUAUGAGAAAGUGGAGUCGUUGAAAUAUUGUUGUUUCGUGUGAGCUUGAGAUCCGGAUUAUUUCUUUUGCAUAAUAAAAAAAAUAUGGGAGUAUCUAGUAAUAUUAUUAUCAUGUCGUUACCUGAUAAAAAGAAUGCAAAUACUCGCAUAUGUUUAUCGAAUAAAUAAAUGGCGAAUUAAUGGUGGAGGAGAAAGAAGAAAAGGAUCGACUGUUUUCCUAGAUUCACCCUUUUGCUUGCACUCUCGCAUGGGUUACUAUAAUGAUACACGCAAUUUCGCACGAAAAUCUAAUGGAAAGAAUGGAGAGCUAUACUCAUAUAACGAACAUUUAUCUUGACCGCAGCAGAUAUCUUUCACAAUUAUCCAUCAACUUGUAACACACGAGAGCAGAAUAGAAUAAAUGAUAUUGUAUUAAU